AUUAUUUCGAAAAUGACAGUAAAUUUCAUUGAAACAUUUAUACGCUGAACUUUUAUUUUGUAUAUAUGACGAACCCAUGCUGUCAUCCAUUAUAUCCGGAUCAAGAUGGCAGCGACCUUGUGUAGCAGGCUUUUGCCGAAAGCAGGAUGGGUACCAUUAACUCAAAGUGUUCGCCAUGGCUCCAAAUCAGUCACACGUCACAGAAAGCCAAUGCACAUUCUCAAGCAAAAGCUGAUGGCUGUCACAGCGUACAUUCCUCCUAAACCCAUUGCUCCUCCUGGUGCCCUGACUCCAAGAGUUAGAAAGACUGAAGAGGAAAGCGCCCUGGCAAUUCUGUUGAGGAAAGACCUGGAAACGUUGUUUAAGGAAUGUAAGAUGAUUGCUGUGGUCCAGAAUAAUGCAUCCAAUGCAGAAGACAUGUUACUUCUUAAACAUAGGCUUAAAAGACACAACAUCAAUGUCAAAUUUUUCCCAAAUCAGGUGAUGAGGUCCUUUCUGAACAACAGUGUAUACAGUAACAUGUUACCGCUAUUCCUUGGCCAGACUGUAAUAUGUGUUAGUAAAGAGCCAAAAGUUAAAGAGAUGCUGCAAGUGUUGAGGGGCAGUCCACAGAUGGCGCUUCUAGGAGCAUGUAUAGAGAACACAUUACUCUCGUGUCAAGGCCUUCUCAAUUACUCCAAACUUCCUUCAAUGACCACCAUUCAGGGUGAGCUGGUUAGUAGUCUAACCAUGAUGACCUCACAGACUGUUUCGUUGUUACGUCAUCACCCAACCCAUCUUUGUUCGCUGCUUCAGCAGUAUAUCAAACAGCAGGGCGCUGGGGACACAACAGAUGCUGUUGCAGACAAAGAUGCAGCCUGAAUUUUAUUAAUACAUAGAUGAGAAAUUUCAGUAACUGUCUCGAUGUCUGAAUGAAUUUGGGGCAGCAUCACAAUAUGUAUAGGGAAAAAACCUGCUCUAUGUGAUUGACACAUGCAUGUGCAUAUAAUAAAACUCUGUUAUUUAAAGUGGUA